AUGAGUUCUCGAGUCUCCAGUAAGGGUUCAGCGUUUAGCGCAAAAGCUGCUGCUGCUGCAAGAAAGGCAGUUCUAGAAGAAGAAGAGAUCAGGCUUCAACGGCAACAAGAGCUCCAACAACAAGAGCUUUGUCUUAAACAAAGAAGAGAAGAACUCGAAACUAAAAUACUGCAAGCGGCUGCCGAAGAGUGUACUCACAGCAAAAUUGGCGCGUCUCAACCCAAACAUGUCAAUCCAAAACAAUGUCGUGACGUAUUGCGUGCGUGUUCAAUUGUUAACUCUAAAGUAAUGGGACACCCCAGGGAAGAACAUUCUAGAAUAAACCUCGAAGCUGUAAACCAAUUAGCAACCACUCAGACUUUACCAUCAACACCACUUAAUCCCCACGCUAAAGAUUGGAGCGUUAAUAGGAACGAAGUUUCUAGGUGUCAGAUGAAUUUGACAGAUCUUAAUAGGCCCAACACCCUCGCAAAUGAACAAUUAAACACGAUAGGAAAUGAGGAAAAUUUGGCAGUAUUACAAUCAGUCUACCCUUCGCAAGAAACGCGCACUCAAGACGCAAAAAUGGUAGAGUUAUUAAUCCAGCAACAACAGCAAACAAUUGGCUUUGACACUUCCGUCACCUAA